AUGCCUUCUCCAGCCUACAAAGGAAGAGUCUUGUUCAUCCACGGAUACACACAGAACUCGCUGGUAUUCUAUGCCAAGACGUCUGCCUUGCGGAAGAAGCUCAUCAAACUCGGAUACAAAUGCGUGUAUUUGAACGGGCCUUGCAAGUUAACUCCUGCUGAUUUACCAUCCAGUGAUGCCCUUAGUAAGUUCAGCUCCGUUGCUCCCACCGACUCCGAGGAAACUGGGUGCCGAAGCUGGUGGACUAAGUUGACCCAGCUGAAUGACGGAGUCCUCUUGGAGGACGCCAUCUCUACCAUCAAAGACUACAUUAAAAAUAACACGGUUAUUGAAGAUGAUGAUCUCAAACAAGAUUUGACAGAAGACCACAAACUCCCAGUAAUGGGGGUGGUGGGUUUCUCCCAGGGGGCGGCAUUGGCUGGUGUUCUAAUGAGCCAGUUCCACCACUUGUUGGGCCCGGGCUUGCAAUUCGUCGUGUUAUACUCGGGGUUUAAGUUGGAUACCUCCAAGAAAUCGGGAAACGAGCACUACGCCAAAUACUUUCAGAACAAGAGAAACCCCCAAGACUCUUUCAAGGUGUUACAUGUUCUUGGAGAACUUGACACGGUGGUCAGCGAGGAUCGGUCGAUGGCGUUGUACGAGUAUGCAAAGGAGUACUCGACAAUACUCAAACACCCUGGGGGCCAUUUUGUGCCCAACUCGAAGUUGUAUGUGGAGCAUGUCACCAACUGGAUAUGCACCGAUGAGAAGAAGGAGGAGAAAAAGGAGGAUGAUCUCGACGACUUGCUUGAUAUGAUGGAUAACAUCGGCAGAGCCUAG